CUUCCCUCGGACAUUUCCAAAUAGUCGUUUCAACCGAUGAGACGCGAAUCACAGUCAUAUUCCAUCGGCACUCGAGAAUCAUUACAAUUAUGGCCCGCGGUCGCUUCAGCGAACGCCGAGUGAUAAACGGUAUUACAAUCUGAUAAGCGCUUCCGCGAUCACUUCGGCGAACGCGAAGUGAUAAGUACAGUAUUGAGUGAUAAACGAUAAAUAUCCGAUAAACUUCCGUGUAAUUCGGCAAGCGGAAGAAAGAAAUGCACACUCGUCGAUCGAUAAUCAGUCGAUCGUUAGCCGGAUACGUCGUCGCGGUGUGCGUCGUGUCGCUGUCAACGAGUCUCGCGCAAGUCGAAGGAAGAAAAUGCGUGUGCACGAACAAGGCUUGUAAAGAAGCUGGAGUGGAAAUCUGUAGAACGAAAUUCUUUUGUUACACCGAACUUAUUCUGACGAGUCAAGAAAUUGGCGAAAGCACGACUACAAGAGGAUGUACAGAGGUCGCCAGGCCGUUAUUGUGCGAAACAAAAUCCUGGAUCACAGGGUCGCGAUUGGUCAACUCUGUGGAACCGUCGACGAGUUCCCAGGUUCUCGUGCCCUGGCCCAGGUUGAAAUGCUGCGAUAGCCACGACUACUGCAACGCCGACAGUGACGAGGAGAACACGAGUACGUGGACACGCGAGAGAAAGCCUCAGAUGGAUCAGGCACGUUCCACGGUGGACCGCGAGACGCCGGGGAAUCCAGCAUCGACGAGUCGUGACGCAAUACAGACGAUGCAACCUGAUCGGAAGUCCGAGGAUCAAGCGGAAUCGGCCGACCGACUCCUUCGAAAUCGCGUCAGGGCGCUGCACGUUGCCGCCCUCAUCCUUGCCUUUGCGGCCCUCAUAUCCGUCCUGGCGUCUUGUUACGUAGUCACACGAUUCCUGAGAAGCAAUCGUUAUACGAUGGGCGCUGUAAGCUACUGAAUAUAAUUGCCGAAACUUAGGUAUAUUAUAAUUAUUGUAGGACAAUUGCGCUUCUUCCUCCAGCGGGAUAAAUUAAGACAUAGGAAUAACUGGGGAGGUCCCAGAAAAGCCACGUCACUCACGAUGGGUGACUCCGAGAUGCUCGACGUAUGCGUAUUUGACGAAGCUUCCCGAAGAAUAAACCAUCACGCUAGCAUCCUUUGUUCUACAUCGUCUGCCUAACGACGGGCCAUGUAGCUCAAAUUUCUUCACCGCUAUCGAGCAAGCCCCUCGAGGGGCGUUCGGUAUACCAGGUGCCUCGGCCGUUUCAACGUAAUUAGUCAUCCUCCAGGUUGCUGAGCACACAUGCACACGCAUCCUGCCGAUCAAAUGAAUAACGGCGGAGAAAUAAUGCACGCGCGCGCCGAAAACCUUACGUCCGAAACGCCGCAUCAUCGUGAAAAAAAAGAUUCCAUCUAACAUAAAUAAAACAACGAGGAGGAAGACGUCGUGACACCCUUCCAUCCCGCUUGUGUGUCGUCCGCCUGUCGCGAUUGCCAGCUGUGAUCUGACGCCUAAAAUAAGACGGCGAAAUUGUGUUUGACUAUUUUGCGCCUGAUGCAACUAGCAGCAGAUCCAUCACGCUGUCAUUGCUAAACUGCGUUUACACUUAAGCCCUUUCGUUUAAGGACGAUGUAUUACCACGAUGGAAAUAAGCCAAAGCGGCCGUGUGUUUAACGCGGUGCCGCGGAACGGAUAGCUAAUUGCCUCUGUUUAAACGGUAAUAAAAAGGUGGCCUGUCACUGUGUCGCCGAAAACGGCUGAGACUCAACGGGAAAAAGCAGGCAAAGACGCGUCGCGUCGCACCACUUUGGCGUCGGGAGUCAGGCGCCACCGCUCCCUUCCGCUCCGCAGUUCUCACCGACUUUCUGCCGACAGACUGCACGCACACUGUUUCACAGUGUCGGCUGAUCGGACGUUCGUGUGUACAGCUCACAUCGUUAAUGAUCGGCGGUAGCGGCGGAGCGGUGGCAUACGGAGCGGCAGGCGGCAGCUUUCGUUUAAAAACUAUUCGAGGCGAGUGCUCCCCCGACGCCGGGUGCCUGCUGGCUGGCUGACUGGCUCCGAGCGGCCGGCGCGACCAAGUGAGUCAGUCAGUCGUCGGACAGCGCCGUGCUUGCGAUGCUCCGGACGCUUUGAUCCACGCGGGAAAAAAAAACACAUGCCUGAUCCUUGGAAGAUCAUCAUCGUUCUGACGACGAACACGACGA